CAUCAUUUCAUUCCAAUAUUCCAAUGCGCAAUACGUGUACGCAAAGAUAAUAAAUUAUUUAUAAGACCGGCAUGAAACGGUGAGGAAUUGGAGGGGGGUGGCAAAGGAUAAUCAUAUUUCAAAGGAUCCCGGUGGUGUCAUUCUUCCCCUCAACAAUUCCAACUAGAAAAUUCUGAACUUAGCCAACCAAUGAUGUCUUUCGCCCACUGACUGAUGGGGCCAGGUGAUGCCGACGGUCAGGUCAAAGAAGCACGGCUCAACUGGUCGGUUGUAUAUACCAACCCUAUCUAAAAACAACAAAGAGAUAUAUACUUGACGAAAGGGUAGAGAUAAAAUCUUAUGAAGAAAACAAAAUUGGACCGCUUCUGUACCCACUUUCCCUUCCAAGUUCCAACUCAAGGCGGGCUCUUAUUAGUGCUCGACCGUUUCAAUGCACGUUCCUUCACCAAUAGGUCUUCGAUUCGUCUUUCCCUCUUCUAUAACGGCGCAAACGACGCGGUGUUUAAUCUCUUACUUUUCUGGCCUGUUUUAGAGUUUGGCCAUAGAAAAGAGAAGUCUCUUGCUCAGAGGGACAGACGACCGUAGUCUCCAUAUGCACGCACCGCCUUUGCGGGCGCAGCACCUGACUCCCCUCCUUCUGCAUCUGAUCGACAGAAGACUUGGGCUUUGAUAAUCGAGCAACCCAUGGUUGGUUGAUUCUCGGUUGGCAGCAGGCUUCCUGAUCGGACAAGAUGUUCUCUUUCAAGUCCAGCGUCAAAUCGUCUUCUAGUGGUAAUGAAGUUUCCAGUUCCCGCUUCAAUGAGGCAUCAGAUAUGCAGGAGCAGCUGAGCAAAUUGCAGGAGGAACUGGUGAAGGAGAAAGAAGAGAAGGUGCGAGCCCUGGAUGCGAUAGAAGAGAUCAAGAAGAAAAGCAAUAAGAACAAGUUAAAGGGUGAUGGAGUAGACGAUCAGUUGGACCUUGCUCGCAGAUUAGAGCAGUUGGGAGGUGAAUUGGAGGCAGCAAGGGAUUCAGAGAAGAAGAUGCUAGUAUCGCUGGAGGCCCAAACAAAGCAGCUUGAACAAACCAAGGUAUCUCUGGAGGAGGCCAAGCUUGAGAUAGCUUCGCUUCAAGACAAUAACAAGAGCUUGGAGGCCUUUGCUGCACUUUCCUCUGAUCCAAGUAGGCAGCAAGCGAAGAAUUUCAGGAGAAGGGGUAUAAUGUCCUUCUCCUUCGCUGAUCCUGGCGAGGUAGAGACAUUCUCAUUACAGCGUGAGCUCAAGUUAGCUGUCCAAGCUGAGGAGAAGUGCAAAAAAGCCAUGGACGACUUGGCGACAGCCUUGAAGGAACAAACCGCAGAGGCUAGAGAGGCGAAAAUGGAGCUUUCACUGGUGCAAUCUGAGAUGAAAAAUGCAAGAGCUGAAGUGGAGAACUCAAAGGCCUCGUUAGAAAGCAUGGAGGAGAAGCUCCGGUUGGCACUGGAAGAGGCAGGGAGACUGAUGUUUGAGUCAGAUGAGUUAGCAGCAGCUUCAAAAGAAAAAGAGAGGGGACUCAUUGAUUGCAUCAAGAUAUUUGAGGGGGAGCUGAACAAAGCAAAGGAAGAGAAUGACAAAUUGUUUGAAUCACAGAGGGUGAUCAGAGAUGAAAAUUCCAGGCUGAGGGAAAUGCUGAAGCAUGCGGUUAAUGAAGCCAAUGUAGCAAGAGAAUCAUUGGAGAUUGCCAGGGUAGAGAAUUCUCAACUUCAAGAAGACAUGUCUGAGAAGGAGAGUACCUUAAAGAGCAUCAUACAACAAUAUGAGUCCUUGAAGGUCAGUGAGGCUGCUGCACAUAGUAGUGUUAAAGAACUAAAGGAUAUGAUCGAUGCUAUGUUUAGUUCAGAGUCGACCAGAACCUCAGCAGAAGCAUCACCCAGAGAUGCCAAGGGAGGCGAGAGGAAAGGAAGGUAUGUGGCAGCAGAUGAUGUGCAUUCUGAUAUCGAACAAUCUCCUCGUUCUAAGGAUACUAGGAGUCCUGCAAGGCAGAAAAAGAGAACAAUUCUUAGAAAAUUUGGUGACAUAAUGAAGAAAAGAAACCCUCAAAGUGCAGCAUCUUUAAGCAGCAAUUAGAUAGAAGUGCACAACUCUAGGUUGACAGCUGUAAUGCCCACAAAAUGAAAUGCUCCAAAUGUGGAGUAAACCUUUUUUUCCCAUACAGUUCUACAGAUGUAAAUUACAUGGAACGAAACAAAUAUAUAUGUAAAGAAUACAUAUAAUGGAGUUGCAGAAAUAUGAAAACCGGCAUAGCUUCUAGUGGUGAUUGA